AUGACCGGUAUCGAGAACAAGGAGUUCAAGUGGUAUCAAGUCUGUGAGGUCUUCACCGAUUACAAGACAUAUCUCUUAUUCAUCUUCUUUCUCUCCAUGAAUGUCCCCACUGGUGGCUUGAUUACUUUUGGGGCGCAGAUCGUCUUGGGUCUGGGGUAUGGAAGGCCGGAGACAACACUUCUCGGGAUGCCAACCGAAAUGAUGCAGAGUCUAGCAGGUUUUAUGGUCGCAAUCCCCCAGCAGUGGCUGCACAACAAAAGGUGCUACACAGCAGCUGCAUGCUGUUUGGUGCCGCUGGUUUGCUCCCGCAUCAUCAGGGAACUCCCCGAUGAGAACAAGGUUGGACGACUCAUGGCGUACUACUUCUUUUACUUUUUCUGGGGUCCCUAUGCUACUGGCAAGUUGAUCCGGCUGAAAUCUUCCCUUACCCUGGCCAUGGGCAAUGUUUCUGGACACACCAAGAAGCUCACUGUUAAUGCAACUAUAUUCCUGGCUUACUGCAUCGCCAACAUCAUCGGUCCGCAGGUCUUUCGGGCGGCUGAAGCUCCUCACUAUUCAACCGGAUAUAACUAUAAUCUCGGAUUUGAGGCCACAGCUAUCUGCGCCCUUCUAGCAUACGCUGGCGGCUGCAUAGUCGAGAACAGGAAGCGGGAUAAGGCCGAAGGUACAGAUGUUUCUGUCCGAGUUGAGGAUCAGCUUGGAGAUCUGACAGAUUAUGAGAAGAAAGGUUUCCUUUACAUUUACUAG